AUGCAGCCCGUGGUCGCGGUCGAGGCGCCAGAGCCCGAGCUGGAGUGGGAGAGGGUCCCGAGCCCUGCGCUCGCCGCCGCCCGCCGUGACGUCAUCGCCCUCGAGCGCGAGCACGUGCGCGCGCACCUGCGGCCCCGGAGGCUGCAGGAGGUGGAGCGCCUGCUGCACGCGGUCCACAGCGAGGAGGCGGCCUCGGCGGAGAGCGCCCUGGACCUGGCGCGCAGCCCCGGCGCCGAGGCAGGGGAGCGGGUGGGGAAGCUGUGCGAGAAGGUGGAGAAGAAGGCGGUGGAGGCCGCGCUGGUGGGGAAGCGCACCGUGGAGACCCACCAGCAGAUCGGCAGCCACGAGUGUCGCUGA